AUGUCGCCGCCACAUCUUUCAAUCUCAGAGCUAAGCAGUGCCCAGCUCACAACCACUUUCCGAGGUCUCCCCUUCCAACCUAGAGCAUCAAGUGCGAUUGAUAGAUCAGCCAGACUCCGUCCGGCGAGCUCGAUGGCAGCACCAAUGGCCAUCCAGGGUGAUUUAAACAACACAUCAUCAAUGCGUCAAGUUGAGCACCUGGAAAUCGAUCCCAUCUACUCCUUUAAAUCCUUGGCGUUAACCGCAGAUCAAGACAAUGCUACGGUGAGAGAGAAAUAUCGGCCAUUCAUACUGGACCCCGAUGUCACGUCAAGUGACUGGAUCAGUAAGCUGGAAUUGAGCAUCGUGACGCGACUGGCGGAGGCGGAUCUUCAGACCACAGGGCAGAGAUUGAAAGUGCUAGUUCUGUACGGGAGUCUGAGAUCGAGAUCCUACUCCAAGCUUCUAGCUUUUGAGGCAUCGCGAAUCUUGUUCAGACUAGGCUGUGACGUUCGUGUCUACGACCCGGCCGGCUUACCUGUCAAAGACGACGUCCAGCAUAGCCAUGCCAAGGUUCAGGAAUUGCGAGACUUGAGCCGCUGGAGCGACGGACAGGUUUGGAUAUCGCCUGAGCAGCACGGAACUCUGACCGCAGUCUUCAAGAACCAAAUUGACUGGAUCCCCUUAUCCGUCGGCUCUGUCCGCCCAACUCAAGGCCGGACGCUCGCUGUUGCCGAAGUCUCCGGCGGUUCGCAAUCCUUCAACGCCGUCAACUCCCUCCGUAUCCUCGGCCGAUGGAUGCGAAUGUUCGUAAUCCCAAAUCAAUCUUCAGUCCCUAAAGCCUACACGCAAUUCACGUCCGAAGACGCAGAUGAAGGGGGAAGCCGCAUGAUUCCCAGCGGGAACCGGGAUCGGAUCGUGGAUUGCAUGGAGGAGUUUGUGAAGUACACGAUUGUGAUGCGGCCGCACUUUCAGCUGUUCUCUGAUCGGUUCAGUGAGAGGGAGGAGAGAGCUGUGAAGGCGGAGAAGGAAAGGGAGAAGGAGAGGGUGGAGAGAGAAAAGGAGAGGGUGGAUCAUGACGAGGCGGGUAAGGUUGACAUGAUGGUUCCUCGCUAG